GUGUAUUCGCUCAACCGGUUGAUAUGGUGGCUGAACGGCACGAUUCAGUCAAUGAGCGACAGUGCUCAUAGUUAGACGCUCUAACGGAGCGAGCGCGAGAGAAAACGAUAAUAGAAGAAGACAUUUAUACGUACUGACGGGCUAUAAAAAGCCCAAAAAAUCAAAGGGAAUAUUUAUAAAUUGCGCGCAUUCAAUAAAAAGUGCAUUUUAACACGUCAAUUCCCAGAUAUCGAAUGAAAAAUUAGUGGAAUUGUGACUUUAAACUGUUUUUUUUUUAAUAUCCGAGAAUAUGUUAGGCGAUAAGAGGAGUAGGAAUGGCAGUGGAUACGGCACCGCCGAGAGCCCGACAACGGCCAAUGGCCACGCUGCUGAGUCGGUGACCGGGAAUGUGGAGGCAUCCGCAAGUGACGAUAAUACUCUGGAUGCCAUACUCAUCCGAAUCGGCCAGUUUGGACGCUAUCAAAUCAUCAACUAUGUGUUGCUGUGUAUUCCCAUGGUGUUCAAUGCGUUCUUCUCGAUCUCAUAUGUGUUUACCGCCAGCACAGUGGUGCACAGAUGCAACAUAACCCAAUGUGAUAGCUCGAGCAGCUUGUAUGAGGAACCUUGGCUUAAUUUUACAGUGCCUUAUACGAAUUCUGACUGGGAUGCGUGUAACCGUUAUGUGUACAACGUCUCCGGAGUGGACCCAACUGAUCUCAUGAGUGGCAUGUGUGCUGCGGAGUAUUUUGACAAUAGUACCGAAAAAUGUGGCAGCGAUUUUAAAUUCCGUGAUGAGGAAAAAACAAUUUCAACUGAGUUUGGCAUCUUUUGCAAAGACGAAUGGAUGCUUAACAUGGUGGGAACCAUUAACAAUAUAGGACAGUUUGUGGGCAUACCGUUGGGAGGAUUCAUUGCAGAUCGCUAUGGACGUCGUACCAUGUUGGCGUAUGCCGGAGCUUUGAGCGCCCUUAUGGGCAUAAUUCGUUCUCUGUCCAGCAACUACUAUAUGUUUCUAUGCUUCGAGUUUCUCGACAUGGUUGUGGGCAGCACGCUGUUUCCCACGGCUUUUCUGCUGGCCAUAGAACUGGUUGGUCCGAAGUGUCGUGUGGCCGCUGCAACAAUUAUCACAAUAUUCUAUGCUUUGGGUGAGGCAUUUUUGGGCAUUUUGGCAUCGCAGAUUCAACAUUGGCGCUGGCUACUGCGAGUGCUCUAUGCGCCAGCGAUUCUACAAAUACUCUUCCUAUGGAUUCUGCCGGAGAGCGUGCGCUGGCUUUUAAGCCAGGGUCAAGAGCAGCAAGCGGCAUCUGUGCUGAGGAGAGCGGCCAAAAUCAAUAAGCGACCAUUGCCAGAGGAUCAGUUGGAGGAGCUGAUUACCAACAAUCGAAACAAAAUGCUUCAGGCCAAUGAGAGUCAAUAUCCUAUUCUGCGGGCCGCUUCCUUCUUCAUUUGGCGCAUUGCCAACUGUUGUUUCUGCUGGUUUACACAUACCCUUAUCGCCCUGGGUCUUAGCUUGAACUCUGUGAAUCUGGGUGGUAGCAAGUAUACCAACUUUAUGCUAAAUGGAUUUGUCCAAAUUCCUGGACUGCUCCUACCUCUUAUCAUAAUGGAUCGUUUUGGCAGAAGGUACUCCUUGUGUGCCUCCAUGUUGGCUUGCGCCAUUUGUAUGGGCGCCUCGGCAGCCAUUGGAUCUGAUGACUACGCGGGUUCUCUUACACUGUUCCUUAUUGGCAAGUUGGCCAUAACAUGCAGUUUCCAGAUUUUGUACUUCUUUACCUCGGAAAUAUUCCCGACAAAUGUACGAAACAGUUUGCUUUCGCUUUGCUCUAUGGUGGGUCGUAUUGGCUCUAUGUUGGCUCCACAAACUACAUUGCUGGCCAAAUACUAUGAGCAAGCGCCUUCAAUCCUAUUUGCCACAUUUGCCUUGGUCAGUGGCUUUCUCACGCUCGCUUUUCCGGAGACGGCGGAUAAGGUGCUACCCACAACAAUAGAGGAUGCUCGGGAUUUAAAUGAUGCACGGAAAACACAGACAGCUGAGAAUGAAGAGCACGGGGAGGAGGUGCCCAGAAGAAUGUGUUGAUGUGCUGAUGUGUUGAUUGUUAAUUGAAACGUUUACCUCAAAAAUGGUUGCUAGAAGUUGCUAUUGCCAAAGAUUUUAUUUCAAUUUUAUAUGUAAGCCAGUAGCAUUUCUGAUUUUAUUUUUCUGUUUUAAAUUUGUAUUAUUUUUACGAGUAAGUGCAAGUGUCGAUUUUACUGUUACGCAGGAAUUAAUAUUAUAAUAUUUUUUAAAUUGUAUGUACAAAAUAAAUAAAUAAUUCAUUUU